AUGGGAUUCAAGUUCCUGCGAAGAGCCCGUGACGCUAUCAAGAAGAAGAUUCCUUUCGUUAAGAUGAUAGUCGUGCCGCAUCCUGACCUUCCGCGUAGUUGGUAUGAGCAACAACGAGAAUGGUCCUGUUCAUCACAGCUCUGCACGCCCGCGAAUACCCAAGGAUGGUGGAACGAGAAUCACGACCCCACAUAUCAUUAUCCACGAACGGAUUCCUUCAUCCGCCAAGGAACGUCAUGGAGACAUGAUAGUGAACCUGACCACGAACAUGACAGAGAGACCGCAAAUUGGAUUACCGAACGAUGCGUCGAGGAAGCAUGUCAUUUUCGGACAGAACCUGACUCAGUGGCUCCCAUAGCACGCCUGACGCGCCCACGACUGCCAGUCGAACUGCAUGACUGGAAAUACAAGUAUGCUCCCAAUCUGCUUGACAAAUUGCCUGGGCCUGAAGACGCCCAGCAACCGCCCUGCUCAUGUGCGAGCUGCCAAGCGAACACAGAGGUUUACACAUACGAUCCCCACUCAGACGCCGAAGACUCCAAUUUAUCACAAGAGCAGCAAUUUGGGAGCCAUCUUGACCACUCGGAGUGCGACACAUUCGUCGAUGAGGAUUUGGAGCAGUUACCGACCGCAGUAGAAGCCUCCUCCGAUAUGCAGCGCACGAACCGCAGCGAAGCGAAAGCGAGGAAAUCAGAAGGGAGGCAUCGCAGCCAAUCGUUCUCUAAGCAACGAAGGCAUACACCAUACCAUGGCAUUAAGUCAUCAUCCAAGUCGGCAGCUCCGUCGAGACUAGCGGUGCCACCGGUAGAUGGAAGGUGCCGAGACUCGGGGAAUCAGCAGGUUGCGGAGUCGAAGAAGACGGCCGACAAUGUUGCCGUUACGAGAAAAUGGGAUUUUGAACGCCGAUCGUACAGCACAAGCGAAGAAUCCACGGGCGACGAUCAGAGAGACUUUGAGCGACUCCCCCAUACUGAAGACCCGGAGAAAGAGCGACAAUGUCAGCUGAUGGGCGGAGCCGUACUCGACGUCGAAGACCCUGACUUCACGAAAGGCGCGGGAGCGCUCGGGAAGGCCGAGGACACUACGCCGCUUUGUAGUUCAUCACAGGAAUUGUUUGAUGUCUCAGAUCCCUGGCUUGCGAUACUCUCUGUGGAAGGUCCUGGGUAG